UUUUCCCGCCGUUCGCAGAGAUCCUGGAGGAGGUGAUGAAGGAGGACGGCUUCCAGCCCGACGCCGCUCCCGACGCUCCCCGGGCCCUUCCCCGCCUGGUCCCGCGCGGUUCCGACCCCGCGGCCUCCCGGGAGCCGCCGCUGGCCCGGAGCCUCCGCGGGCUCUCGCUGGCCCCGGGGCCCCGCUGGCCGCAGGAGCGGCUGGAAAAGCUGGAAAAGUUGGAAAAGUUGGAAAAGUUGGAGAAGGCGGGAAAGCCGCGCCUGGUGAUCACGGAGCAGCCGAAGCAGCGCGGGAUGCGGUUCCGGUACGAGUGCGAGGGGAGAUCGGCCGGGAGCAUCCUGGGCGAGAACAGCACCGAGGCCAACCGGACCCUGCCCAGCAUCGAGCUGCUGAACUGCCAGGCGCUGCCGGAGGUGGCGGUGACGGCGUGCCUGGUCUGGAAGGAUUGGCCCCACCGGGUGCACCCGCACGGCCUCGUGGGCAAGGACUGCGCCCAGGGGCUCUGCCGGGUGCUGCUGCGGCCCCAGAGCAACCCCCGCCACAGUUUCAGCAACCUGGGCAUCCAGUGUGUGAAGAAGAAGGAAAUCGAGGCCGCCAUCGAGAAGAAGCUGCAGCUGGGCAUCGACCCCUUCAAAGCGGGCUCCCUGCGGAACCACCAGGAGGUCGAUCUCAACGUGGUCCGGAUUUGCUUCCAGGCCUCGUUCCGGGACCGCGCCGGGAUCCCCCGCAGCCUCAGCCCGGUGCUGUCCCAGCCCAUCUUCGACAAGAAAUCCACGAACACGUCGGAGCUGCGCAUCUGCCGCAUGAACAAAGAGAGCGGCCCCUGCACGGGCGGGGAGGAGCUCUACCUGCUCUGCGACAAGGUCCAGAAAGAGGACAUCGCGGUGAUUUUCCGCAAGGAGCCCUGGGAGGCGCGCGCCGAUUUCUCGCAGGCCGACGUUCACCGGCAGGUGGCGAUCGUGCUGCGCACGCCGCCCUACGCGCACCUGGAGCUGCGCGAGCCCGUGCAGGUGGAGGUGUUCCUGCAGCGCCUCACCGACAGCGUCCGCAGCGAGGGGUUCCGCUUCACCUACCUGCCCCGGGACACCGACGCGUACCGGGUGCAGGUGAAGCGCAAGCGGGGAAUGCCCGACCUGCUGGAGGAGCUCUCGGGGACAGACCCGUUCGGGAUCGAGGCCAAGAGGAGGAAGAAGCCCCCGGGGUACCUGGAGCACUUCAUCCCCCUGGGCCCCGCAGACGCCGCCUUUCCCCCGGAGCCGGAGCCCCUGGAGCCCCUCCCCCCCCUGCUGGGUCCCUUCGCCCCCCCGGCCUUGGGGCCCUUCCUGGAAUUCCCGGAAUUCCCGGAAUUCCCGCUUUUCCCGGCGCCCCCGGAGCUGCUGGCCGAGCCCCCCGCCGGGGACCCCUCCCCCAUUUCCAGCCUGGUGGGGUCCCACAUGUUCCCGGGGGGGGAGGGCUGAGCGCCCCCCAAAAACGGCCCCAAAUUCCCCAAAAUCCCCCUCGAAAUUCCCAAAAAUCCCCUGGAAAUCCUCCCCAAAAUUCCCCAAAAUCCCCCUCGAAAUUCCCCAAAAUCCCCUGGAAAUCCUCCCCAAAAUUCCCCAAAAUCCCCCUCGAAAUUCUCCAAAAAUUCCCAAACAUCCCCCUGGAAAUUCUCCCAAAAUUCCUCUCGAAAUCCUCCCCAAAAUUCCCAAAAAUCCCCCUCGAAAUUCUCCAAAAAUUCCCAAAAAUCCCCCCAAAAAUCCCUCUCGAAAUCCUCCCCAAAAUUCCCAAAAAUCCCCCCAAAAUUCCCAAAAAUUCCCCCAAAAUUCCCCAAAAUCCCUCUCGAAAUUCUCCAAAAAUUCCCAAAAAUCCCCCCGGAAAUUCUCCCAAAAUUCCCCUCGAAAUCCUCCCCAAAAUUCCCCCAAAAUUCCCAAAAAUCCCUCUUGAAAUUCUCCCAAAAUCCCCCCAAAAUCCCCUGGAAAUUCUCCCAAAAUUCCCCUCAAAAUCCUCCCCAAAAUUCCCCCAAAUCCUCCUGGAAAUUCUCCCAAAAAUCCCCCAAAAAUCCCCAAAAUUCCCCUCAAAAUCCCUUCAAAAAUUCCCCCCAAAAUUUCCUCAACUUUCCCAAAAAUCCUCCUCAAAUUCCCCCCCAAAAUUUCCAAAAAUCCCCCUGGAAAUCCCCUCAAAAUUCCCAAAAAUCUCCCUCAGAAUUCCUAAAAAUCCUCCUCAAAAUUCUCCCAAAAUUCCCAAAAAUCUCCCUCAGAAUUCCCAAAAAUCCUCCUCGAAAUUCCCCCCCAAAAUUCCCAAAAAUUCUCCCAAAAUUCUCCCAAAAAUCCCCCUCGGAAUUCUCCCAAAAUCCUUCCAAAAAUCCUCUCCAAAUUCCCAAAUAUCCCCAUCAAAAUCCCCCUCAAAAUUCCCAAAAAUUCCCUCAAAAUUCCCUCAAAAUUCCCAAAAAUCCCCCUGGAAAUUCUCCCUCAAAAUCCCCCCCAAAAUUCCCUCAAAAAUCCCUCAAAAUCCCAAAAAAAUCCCAAAAAAAUCCCCAAAAAUCCCUCAAAAUCCCUCAAAAUCCCCCCAAAAAAUCCCCAAAAUCCCAAAAUUCUUGGAAUUCCCGGAAUUUCAGAAAUUGGGGCCCGGGCCUGCCUGAACCCCCCGAGAAUUUUGGGAAAUUCCCAAAUUUUUUUUCCCUUUUUUGGUUUUUUUUUUGCACUAUAUUUAUAGGGGGGAGCCCCCCAGUCCCGGAUUUUGGGGAAAAUUCCUGGAAUUUGGAGGAAAUUUCUGGGAUUUUGGGAGGAAUUCUGGGAUUUGGGGUGGAAUUUCGGGGGUAAAUUCUGGGAUUUUGGGGAAACUUCCCAGAAUUUGGGGGAAAUUUCUGGGAUUUUGGGAGGAAUUCUGGGAUUUGGGGUGGAAUUUCGGGGGUAAAUUCUGGGAUUUUGGGGAAAAUUCCCGGAAUUUGGGGGAAAUUUCUGGGAUUUUGGGAGGAAUUCCGGGAUUUUGGGCAGAAUUCUUGGAUUUUGGGAGGAAUUUUGGGCAGAAUUCCUGGAUUUUGGGAGGAAUUCUUGGAUUUUGGGGGGAAUUUUGGGGAAUUUUGGGCAGAAUUCCUGGAUUUUGGGAGGAAUUCUUGGAUUUUGGGGGGAAUUUUGGAGGUAAAUUCUGGGAUUUUGGGAAAAUUCCCGGAAUUUUGGGGAAAUUUCUGAGAUUUUGGGAGGAAUUCUUGGAUUUGGGGCGGAAUUUUGGGCAGAAUUCCUGGAUUUUGGGAGGAAUUCUUGGAUUUGGGUGGAAUUUUGGGGAAUUUUGGGCAGAAUUCCUGGAUUUUGGGUGGAAUUCUGGGAUUUGGGGGGGAAUUUUGGGCAGAAUUCCUGGAUUUUGGUGGAAUUCUUGGAUUUUGGGGGGAAUUUUGGAGGUAAAUUUUGGGAUUUUGGGGAAAAUUCCCAGAAUUUGGGGGAAAUUUCUGAGAUUUUGGGAGGAAUUUUGGGAUUUGGGGUGGAAUUUUGGGCAGAAUUCCUGGAUUUUGGGAGCAAUUCUUGGAUUUUGGGUGGAAUUUCGGGCAGAAUUCCUUAAUUUUGGGAGGAAUUCUUGGAUUUUGGGUGGAAUUUCGGGGGUAAAUUCUGGGAUUUUGGGAAAAUUCCCGGAAUUUUGGGGAAAUUUCUGAGAUUUUGGGAGGAAUUCUUGGAUUUGGGGCGGAAUUUUGGGCAGAAUUUCUGGAUUUUGGGAGGAAUUCUUGGAUUUUGGGGGGAAGUUUUGGGAAUUUUGGGCAGAAUUCCUGGAUUUUGGGAGGAAUUCUUGGAUUUUGGGGGGAAUUUUGGGGCAUUUUGGGCAGAAUUCCUGGAUUUUGGGUGGAAUUCUUGAAUUUUGGGGGGAAUUUUGGGCAGAAUUCCUGGAUUUUGGGAGGAAUUCUUGGAUUUGGGGUGGAAUUUCGGGGGUAAAUUCUGGGAUUUUGGGGAAAAUUCCCGGAAUUUGGGGGAAAUUUCUGGGAUUUUGGGAGGAAUUCUGGGAUUUAGGGUGGAAUUUUGGGGGUAAAUUCUGGGAUUUUGGGGGAAAUUCCCGGAAUUUGGGGGAAAAUUCUGGGAUUUUGGGAGGAAUUCUGGGAUUUGGGGUGGAAUUUUGGGCAGAAUUCCUGGAUUUUGGUGGAAUUAUUGGAUUUUGGGUGGAAUUUUGGAGGUAAAUUCUGGGAUUUUGGGGAAAAUUCCCGGAAUUUGGGGGAAAUUUCUGAGAUUUUGGGAGGAAUUCCUGGAUUUUUGGGGGGAAUUUUUGGGAAUUUUGGGCAGAAUUCCCGGAUUUUGUGUGGAAUAAAGCCAUGGAUGGACA